CGAAACAACAUCAUGGCUUACCACCAUGCGGUACUUUUACAUCUGUUGGAUAAUUUGGAUAAACGAAGUCCUUGCGUCCAACACCCAAAUCAAAAUCAGGUACGACAGUACCUAUUUCUAACAAUAGUAGUAAAAUCAAAAACUUUACCAUGACAUCAUCCAGCGAUGCCGGGGUUGAUAAGGACAAGACGGCCGACAAUUGCGGCGGUCUGAAGUUUGGGGCAGACGGUUACGGGAGUGAUUCAGAAUACGUCACGGCACUGCCGACAGACGAAGAGGAGCGUCAACUUCUUGCUGGUGAAAACGUGAGAGCAAAGGAGAGAAUCGAAGAAUUAGACGAAGGGCGUGUUAGCAAUCACCCAAGUACCUUGGCAGCAACUAAUAAGGCAUCGUCUGCAUCGCGUGAGGUGAGUGCUGCUUUUAUUUUAUUAUUGGUUGUUCCGUAGAUGCCUUUUUCGAGGCAAGUGGGUGACAAGUUGUGAUAAAUACAAUUUAUAUUCUCUUUCUUCUAAUUUCUAGUCAUAUCGAUUUGUGUCCUGUGCUUCUCAAUCGUAAAAAAAUAGGCCGAAGACAAUCCCUUUAAGGAUGCAGAAGGAGGCUCUGGUUUAGUGAAUACACGUAUCAAUGACAGAGAGAGUGACUAUCAGAAGCGACGAAACAAUCGUGUGUUGAGAGAAGACGGUCUGUCGUUCAAGGAAUCGAUGAUGCAGGCGAAUUUAGAAAAAGAGCGGGACCAAUUGACACGGGAACUAGAAAAGGAUAUGAAAGAGGGUGGGGGGACUACAGAAGGAUUGGGAAAGUCGAAUAACAACCAACAAUCGGAAGAACAGGGAAAGACUUCGACUGGUAAGCGACGAAAGCGACGAUGGGAUACGAAUUCUGCGCCUCAGACUACUUCCGAAAAGGUUGAUUCUGCUAUGAUUUCUGAUACCGAGUCUGUCACUUCGACAGUGAAGUCAAAAUGGGACGAGGAUGUUGGCGGAACCACUGGUUCUUCGAGGAGACGAAAGCGUUGGGACGAAACUCCUGUCGUCUCAUCAAAUGUUGCUGCUACGCCUGUUGUGGCAUCUGGCAUGGCGACACCUGCAGCAACUAUCUCGAGCAAAUGGGAUGCCACUCCCGUAUCAUUUUCUGGGAUGAGUGUCAGCGGGACCCCAGCAGCCGCACUGAAUCAAACGUCCAGAAAUCGAUGGGCAGAAACACCGGCACCGUUACUUCCAGGGACUCCCCAAACGCCCGCACACGGUGUGAUUACAGGAAAUCUCAACAAGGCAUUAUCUCUAGAACGCGAAAUGGAAUCUCGCAAUCGACCUUGGACGGAUGCUGCCCUUGAUGCUAUUCUCCCGUCGGAAGGCUACAUAGUUAUGCGACCUCCUUCUAGUUACGUACCACUGCGUACUCCGGGACGCAAAUUGCUAGCAACUCCUACGCCUAUGGCAAUGACUCAGCAGGGAUUUCAGAUGGACAUACCUGUCGAACAAAGACAGGACGCUUCUGUCCAAGAUAUUCGUGAAGCGUAUGGUGUCCCUCUAGCCAUCACAUCAUCCGAGACUGGUGAGGCCAGCGCUUUGCCGUACAUUAAACCAGAAGAUAUGCAAUAUUUCGGUAGACUGAUGGAAGAUACUGACGACGACAAAUUAUCAAAAGAAGAAGCUAACGAACGGCGCAUUAUGUCGUUGUUAUUGAAAAUCAAGAACGGUACACCGCCACAACGGAAGACAGCCAUGAGACAAAUCACGGACAGGGCUCGAAGCUUUGGCGCGGGACCACUUUUCAAUCAGAUCUUACCCCUUCUGAUGAGCCCUACGUUGGAAGACCAAGAGCGUCAUUUAUUAGUGAAGGUAAUUGAUCGUGUGCUCUACAAACUUGACGAUCUAGUGCGUCCAUAUGUUCACAGAAUCCUAGCAGUCAUUGAACCUUUGCUCAUCGACGAAGACUACUAUGCUCGUGUUGAGGGUCGAGAGAUUAUCAGCAAUUUGGCAAAGGCUGCUGGUCUAGCAACUAUGAUUUCAACUAUGCGACCAGAUAUUGAUAGUCCGGAUGAGUAUGUUCGCAACACCACCUCUCGUGCGGUUGCAGUGGUUGCCAGUGCUCUUGGAGUCCCAAACCUCAUUCCCUUUCUCAAGGCAGUUUGUCAAUCUAGAAAGUCAUGGCAGGCACGUCAUACUGGGAUAAAAAUUGUUCAGCAAAUUGCUCUGUUAAUGGGUGUUGCUAUAUUGCCCUAUCUGAGGGAACUCGUGGAAAUUGUCAGCCAUGGCUUGACAGAUGAUAUGCAAAAAGUGCGAAUUAUCACUGCGCUGACUUGCGCUGCUCUCGCUGAAGCCGCGCAUCCCUACGGUAUCGAAAGUUUUGACUCUGUCAUUCGCCCACUGUGGAAAGGAGCUUUGGAACACCAUGGGAAGGCACUAGCUGCAUUCUUGAAAGCGAUUGGAUUUGUUAUUCCACUUAUGGAAGAAAACUAUGCUAGCCAUUACACUCGAUUGGUUAUGCCCAUAUUGUUACGCGAAUUCCACUCUCCAGACGAAGAGAUGAAACGCAUCGUCUUAAAAGUUAUCCAGCAAUGUGUUGCGACGGCUGGUGUUGAACCCGAUUACAUUCGAAAAGAGAUUCUACCUGAAUUCUUCAAGAACUUUUGGAUCCGAAGGAUGGCACUCGAUCGAAGAAAUUAUAGACAAGUUAUUGAAACUACCGAAGAACUUGCCAACAAAGUUGGGUCUUCAGACAUCAUUACCCGAGUCGUUGAUGAUCUAAAGGACGAUUCUGAACCUUAUCGACGCAUGGUGAUGGAAACGAUUCGAAAAGUUUUGGAAAAUCUUGGUGCGGGCGAUAUUGAUGAUAGAUUAGAGGAAAGACUGAUUGAUGGUAUCUUGUACGCUUUUCAAGAACAAGCAGUAGAUGCUUCAAAUACCCUUGGGAAAGAGAGUCAGAUUAUGCUUGAUGGCUUCGGUGCUGUUGUUGUGGCGUUAGGAGAACGAUGUAAACCUUACUUGAAACAGAUCGCUGGUACAAUUAAGUGGCGUCUGAAUAACAAAGCCGCCUCAGUUAGAAUGCAGGCUGCCGACCUCGUGGCUCGAGUUGCUGUCGUAAUGAAGGCCUGUGAUGAAGAUCAGUUGAUGGGUCACUUGGGCGUUGUUCUGUACGAAUACCUUGGCGAAGAAUAUCCUGAGGUUCUGGGGUCUAUUCUGGGAGCUCUCCGUGCGAUUGUGAACGUGAUCGGCAUGACAAAAAUGACACCACCUAUUCGUGAUCUUUUGCCAAGAUUGACUCCUAUUUUGAGAAAUAGACACGAAAAAGUGCAAGAAAACUGCAUCGACUUAGUUGGACGUGUCGCUGAUCGUGGGGCAGAAUUUGUUUCAGCGAAGGAAUGGAUGAGAAUAUGCUUUGAGUUGCUAGAAAUGCUGAAGGCGCACAAGAAAGCGAUUCGCCGUGCUGCAGUUAGUACUUUUGGGUUUAUUGCUCGAGCAAUUGGCCCGCAAGAUGUUUUGCACACCCUUUUGAAUAACUUGAAAGUCCAAGACCGACAAAUGCGUGUUUGUACAACCGUCGCAAUAGCAAUCGUGGCUGAGACAUGCGGACCUUUUACGGUCCUACCAGCUCUCAUGAAUGAAUAUCGCGUUCCUGAAUUAAAUAUUCAAAACGGUGUUCUAAAGGCAAUUAGCUUCGUGUUCGAAUACAUCGGGUUAAUGGGGAAAGACUACGUCUAUGCUGUCACACCUCUCCUAGAGGAUGCUCUUAUGGACCGUGAUCCAGUUCACCGUCAGACCGGUUGUGCAGCAGUGAAGCACCUAGCUUUGGGAGUAGCAGGCCAUGGUUGCGAAGAUGCUCUUCUUCAUCUAUUAAACUUUGUGUGGCCUAACAUUUUUGAGGAAAGUCCUCAUGUGAUCCAAGCUGUCUUCGACGCCAUCCAAGGUCUUAUGGUAGCCCUCGGUCCUAACAUCAUUUUGCAGUAUACGCUUCAGGGAUUGUAUCAUCCUGCCCGAAAAGUGAGGGAGGUUUACUGGCGAGUGUUCAACACAUUGUAUAUUUACAACGCCGAUGCACUUGUUGCGGGAUUCCCUAUGGUCGAAGAUGAAGGAGAGAACACUUAUGCUCGAACUACCCUUGAGCUUUUCAUAUAAGUAGAUGCACGGGAAAGAAGUUCGAACAAUUACAACUAAUUAUGAUAUUUUUUCGAAAUAUACUACAACAACAGAC